GAUAUCACGGAGCAGGGAACAUUGGCCACCCCAUUUCAGUCCCCUAUUUGUACCUUUUAGAUUAUAAAAAUAGAAUGAAAAUUUAUAACUCAGAAUGUUAUAAAUUGUCCAAGAAUGAUUACCAGGGGAGUCUCUUCUCCUGCUUCAGCGGCGUCUUUUUCUGUCUUCGUUUCCAGGGGAGUCUCUUUGUCAGCUCAGUUUCGGUGCGCCACCGGGCAAACCGGGUUCUUCACCCGGCUGGGUCACCUCAUCAAGGAGAAGGCCAAGAGCGAUGUUGAUAAGCUCUUCUCCGGAUUCUCCAAGACGCGUGAGAGUCUCUCCGUUGUGGAUGAGCUCCUCCUCUACUGGAACCUCGCCGACACCGACCGAGUUCUGGAUGAGCUCGAAGAGGCACUUUUAGUGUCUGAUUUUGGCCCAAAAAUUUCGUUCAAGAUCGUGGACAGCCUUCGGGAAGAUAUACUAGCGGGGAAGCUGAAGUCUGGAAGUGAGAUAAAGGAGGCUUUGAAGACGAGCAUGCUCCAGUUGUUGACAAGCAAGGGCAGUAAGACAGAGCUUCAGCUGGGAUUUAGAAAACCUGCAGUGAUUAUGAUUGUUGGUGUUAAUGGAGGGGGAAAGACAACGUCUCUUGGUAAUCAUUUUGAUCUUGUAUGUUCACUUGCACAUUUUCCGUUUAUGCUUUCACCUUAAAGAAAGUAGCGGAGUGUAUUCU